AUGGAUGCCACCAAGACUCUUCCUGCUUCAUGGUACUGCUCACAAAACCUCUAUCGACUUGAGCAACGGGCAGUCUUCUACAAAGCCUGGUAUUUUGUAGGUGCGGUACCCAGAUUCUCGGUCGAUCGCGAUGUCGACUACGAGUUCGCUGGGGUGACCAUCACCGUCCAUCAUGAUGGCGAGGAGAACUUUACGGUGACGAGGAAGUCUGAUGGUCAGCAACUCUCCAACUACCUAACGCCCACCGGCCUGCUAUUCGCAACCAUAGAUCCAUCAGCGCCACCAUUUGAGCAAUGGUUCCCAGCAUCAUUCUUGGAGCUUCUAUCACGAUAUAAUUUCCGGCGCCUGCCACACCGGCGGUCAAUUAAAUACCCCGGGCGGUUCAACUGGAAGACCAUGGUCGACGGCUACCAAGAGUGCCUGCACUGCCAGUACACGCACCGGUCGUUCAGCGUCAAAUACCCACCGACAUUCUACGAAGUGCACAACCACGCGACCUACAGCCGCCACAUCGCCGACCCGGCCAAGCCCGACGACGGCCUGUUCCUGUACUUCUUCCCCGUGUGCACGUUGAACCUGUACGGCGGGGGCAUGAGCAGUUUCCGCGUGUGCCCUGGCGAAAAGGUCGGCGAGACGAGGAUGGAGUUUGACUAUUACUUCGACGAUGGGAACGGUGGCGUCGAAGGGUUUGAGGAUUAUUUCAAGUUCGUGAGGAAGGUCGCCCUCGAGGACUUUGAGUUGUGUGAGGUCGCACAGGAGAACCUCGAGAGGGGCGUUUAUUCCCAGGGCGUGCUGAACCAGGUCAAGGAGAGUGGUGUAUUGCACUACCAACAAAUGACUCGGAAAAUGGUGGUGGAGAAAUUCAAGCAGGAGGAAGCAGAGCGAAAUGCUCUUGCGUCCGUGAGCAGCAGACAUAGCACUGCCAGCUUGGGAUAUAGUGUUGCCGCGCAGGAGGAUGUCUCUAUCUCGGCUUGA